AUGCGCGCAGUCUCACCCCCACGCAUCACCCCGCCCCCAUCGUCCAACCGUGCGAGCACCCCAUCGUCCCGCCGCCUCCUGCCCCCCUCCUCCGCACAUCGUCCCGCCGCCUCCUGCCCCCCUCCUCCGCACGAGCCGCAGCCGGCCCCAGCAGACCGCGUGCGUGCUCUCUCUCCCCUCCUCCCCCUCCCCCUCUCCGUGCACGACUGGGUGGGCUACCGCUGCCCUACGCAAGGUGCCGAGAACUUCGCCGAUAUCUGCGCCGGAGAAGAGCGCCCACCAGAUCAGCCGGUUCCUUCUGAAUGUGCCCAAGGAGGAGCUGGAGUCGUUCGAGCGGAUCCUGUUCCUGCUGGAGCAGGCGCCCCCGUUGGAUCAUUUAUUGUUGGCUCGAAGGCCUUCAUCGACAAGGCCAAAAUUCUCCGGAAGACCCUAGGUGGUGGAAUGAGGCAGGUUGGAGUUCUCUGUGCUGCUGCUCAUGUUGCCGUUCGUGACAAUGUGGGAAAGCUUGCAGAUGACCACAGAAAGGCUAAAGCUUUGGCAGACGGACUGAAUAAAAUCGAACAGUUCAGAGUGGAUUCAGCAUCAGUCCAGACCAAUAUGGUAUUCUUGGACAUUGUGGAUUCACGCAUAUCAUCUAACAAGCUGUGCCAGGUUCUGGGAACGCACAAUGUGCUCGCAAGUCCAAGGAGUCCAAAAAGGUGAAGUUCCUUUGCUGUU